AUGGCGGCAGCGGCUCCGAAUGAGGUGGAGGAAGUGAUCAAGCAGCUCAAGAGCAAGCCUGGCUUCUCGUCUUACAUUCUCAUGAAUAAUGACGGCAUCGUGGUCAAGUACGAGAAUCUUGAGUACAAGGAGGCUAUCAUGCACGCCUACCACGUGCUCAGUCUCUACGGCCGCACUAAGAAGCAUUUGUACAAGCUCUUUCCGGACCCAAACGAGAGCGAGAUCGAGUGGUUGAGACUGCGCACCAAGAUGCAUGAGAUGAUUAUCGCCCAACACUUGAGGUUUACCCUCGUGGUCUUACAGCAGGCAGAGGCGACGGAUACAGCGCCAGAGCCCAUCGGACGUGGAGUCGUAGAGGAGACUGCGAAUGGAACGAAGGAGGAGGAGAAGCCUGUACCCGCUACAUGA